UAAAGUAAUAACGAAGGUGUGUAUAUAAAGUUGAAAUUGCUUGUUAUUUAAAAAUAAUAAAAAGCAAUUAUGUUGCCACCAACUUAUGUUGAAGGCUUCCAUGAUUUGGAAGCAGUUAAAAUAAUGGAAUAUAAAAAGUUGGGAAAGACAGAUCUAUUAGUUAGUAAAUUGUCUUUUGGUGGUGGGCCACUUGGUUGUCAUUAUGGUAAUUAUGACGAAAAUGAAGCAAUUGAAACUAUACGACAAGCUAUAAAGGAAGGUGUAAAUUAUAUUGAUACAGCACCAUGGUAUGGACAAGGGAAAUCAGAAAAAGUAAUCGGGAAGGCAUUAAAAGGAAUUCCACGUCAAGCUUAUUAUAUUGCAACAAAAGUUGGAAGAUAUGAAUUAGAUGUUAAAAAUAUGUUCGAAUUUUCAAAAGAAAAAACAAGACAUAGUUUUAAAAACAGUUUGGAUAAUUUAGGAUUAGAUUAUAUUGAUGUUAUUCAGGUUCAUGAUAUAGAAUUUGCUCCAUCGCUCGACAUAAUAAUUACACAAACUUUACCAGAACUAUCAAAGCAAGUUGCAGAAGGAAAAGCUAGAUAUAUUGGUAUUACUGGCUAUCCACUUUCUGUUCUAAAAGAAUGCAUAGAGCAAAGCAAUAUUAAUAUUGCAUGUGUGUUAACUUAUUCCAGAUUUACUUUAUUAGAUGAUACUUUAAUGGAGUUUAUAUCAUUUUUUAAGAAAUGUAAUAUCGGUGUAAUUAAUGCAGCUUCACUUGCUAUGGGUCUUUUAACAAAUAAUGGUCCUCCAGAUUGGCAUCCUGCUAGCAAUGAAAUAAAAAAAAUUUGUAGAGAUGUUGCACAAUAUUGUAAGGAUAAUGAUGUGGAAAUAAGCAAAUUAGCUGUAUGGUAUGCUAUGCAAUGUGAAGAUACAACUACAAACUUAGUUGGUAUUCAAAAUAUACAACAAUUAAGAAUGAAUUUUAAUGUAUUAAGAAACGGCAUUACAAAAAAGGAACAAGAAAUAUUAAAAAUAAUUGAAGAUAAAUAUUUCAGUCAGAUUAAAUGUAAACAUUGGGAAGGCAAAGAAAUCGAAACAUACUGGCAGGCUAUGAAGAUGUAAAAAAUAUUUUUAUUUGUUUAUAAUAUAUAUAUAUAUAUCAUAUAAAAUAAUAUAAUAUAUAUAUUUUACAAAAAGUUAUAAAAUACAAAAAAUAAAUUAAAAAUACUAUUUAUAUAUUUAAGAAUAUGAUUAGCAAAGUUUAAUUGUUUCAAUGAGCCUGUGUAUAAAAUGGAUCUGUAGCAAG